AUGAGCGCCUAUCGGUACCCUAUCGUCUUUAUGGCCACAGCCGUGGCGACGUCCAUCGUCUCCGUCGUGCUGAUCUUGGUCAUGCUGGUCCCCUAUCAGGAGAGAAGCAUCAAUCUGUAAGUUGCCAACCAGAGCAUCAGCGCUUCAUUUCCAAAUUGAUUAAAGUCCCGCUCCAUGCGCCAGCAACGUUGCGAUACCGACAUCGACAUCUAGAUAUGGAUACGGCUACGGUGGCUACGGUGGCUACGGCACUUCAUCUGAUUAUAACAACACUCCGUAUCUGUACUCGGAUUACUCGGCAAGCGAAAGCACGUUCACCCUUACGGGCGGCGUCUAUGGCAGCGCGUAUGUGCAAACCUACACGCACACAAGAUACUACUACACGACCACGCCCACGUAUGGGCUCGGCCCUAACAAUGCAGCAAGAAGCAUUCCAGCACUUGCCCCUCGGGCGACGAGUCCUGCAAUGGCUGAUGCGCUGAUGGGUCGUCAAGCUACGACAACCGUCUCUAAUGGCGCGUCGUCCACUUCUGCUUCACCUUCUACCACUCCCACCACAAUCUCAGUCAGGCAAGGUGCGCCAGGUGCAAUCCUCCUGA